CAAGGGGCAGGCGAUGGUGGCCUGCAUUGAGCUCUCUGCUGGCGCCUUCUGCCCGGACACUUUGUGCCAAAAGAGCGCGCAGGGAAGCAGACAGCAAUAGGGGACGACACAGAUGUCACGGAUGCACAAUCUGAUUAUAAUCUGACCAGAAAGGGAAGAGAAGGAGAGCAAGGGCCCGCAGAUCCCCAGCUGCGAGCCGCCGCAAUGGAGCGGUCGGCGGUGUGUGCGCGCACAGGUGCCUCGGGCCGGUGGCGCUGAGAGCUGUCGCGGCCACCUCUUGGGCUCAGCAACCUCAUCGGAGCGCAGAAGCCCCGGCUGCUGCCGAGCCUGGCCGCGUGUCUCCUCCCCUCCUCCUCGCCUCCCUCCCCUCCAGCGGCAGCAGCAGUAGCCGCUUUAGCGGAUCCGGAGAUGGGCAGAGAGCGCGCGCGGCGCUGCAGCUCCGAAUUCACCGCCCUCCCCGCCCGCAGCUCCUGGCGUCCCCGCCGCCGCUACAGCCACCUCUGUGUCCCCCGGCUCCAGUCCCGCGCCUAGGACAGCGCCGCCGCCGCCGGGCCCUGCCUGCCGCCUGCGCCGCGCAGCCCUCGCGCGCGCCCGGAUGGCGCUUUCCUCUCAGGACCGGUUUAGAAUGCAAUAAUCCAAGAAUUUUAUAAUACAGUGGAAUAGCUUAACAACUGUCUAUGUGCUUCCCAUGAUAUGUUCUCUAUAUUUUACCAAGCAUUUUUACCUUGAACAUAAUUGGGAGUCAACAAUCCACCCAUUUAUCCGUGCAACAUAUACAGUAUUUAUUAAGCACCUACUAUAUUUUGGUGAUGAGGAUACAGCAGUGAAGAAACAAAGCCCUUCACGGAGCCUACAUUCUGCCAUCUCCAAGAUGACUGCAUUACGUGGCUGCAACCUCAGGAAUCAGUGAACAUGAAAUAUAGUUGUCAAGUGCUCAGACUCUGGAGCCAGAUGGCCUGUUUGAAAGCGUGCUCUGUAACUUACUAACUAUGUGAUCUUGGGCAAGAUACUUAACCAUUUUGGGCUCCAGAUUCUUCAUCAAUAAAGCAGGAAUAUAAUAAGAAAAAAUUAUGACAUCAGCAUCCAAAGGAAUUCUCCGCCCAUUUUUAAUUGUCUGCAUUAUCCUGGGCUGCUUCAUGGCAUGUCUUCUCAUUUACAUCAAGCCUACCAACAGCUGGAUCUUCAGUCCAAUGGAGUCAACCAGCUCAAUGCUAAAAAUGAAAAAUUUCUUCACCACCAAAACUGAUUAUUUUAAUGAAACUACUAUUCUGAUUUGGGUGUGGCCAUUCGGGCAGACCUUUGACCUUACCUCCUGCCAAGCAAUGUUCAACAUCCAAGGAUGCCAUCUCACAACAGACCGAUCUCUGUACAACAAAUCUCACGCCGUUCUGAUCCAUCACCGAGACAUCAGUUGGGAUCUGACUAAUUUACCUCAGCAGGCUAGGCCACCCUUUCAGAAAUGGAUUUGGAUGAAUUUGGAAUCACCAACUCACACUCCCCAAAAGGAUGGCAUUGAGCACCUGUUCAACCUGACUCUGACUUAUCGCCGUGACUCAGAUAUCCAAGUGCCUUAUGGCUUCUUGACGGUGAGCACAAAUCCCUUUGUGUUUGAAGUGCCAAGCAAAGAGAAGUUAGUGUGCUGGGUUGUAAGUAACUGGAACCCUGAGCAUGCCAGGGUUAAGUAUUACAAUGAGCUAAGCAAAAGCAUUGAAAUUCAUACCUAUGGGCAAGCAUUUGGAGAGUAUGUGAAUGAUAAAAAUUUGAUUCCUACCAUAUCUACUUGCAAAUUUUAUCUUUCCUUUGAAAACUCAAUCCACAAAGAUUACAUCACAGAAAAGCUCUACAAUGCUUUUCUGGCUGGCUCUGUACCUGUUGUUCUGGGGCCAUCUAGAGAAAACUAUGAAAAUUAUAUUCCAGCAGAUUCAUUCAUUCAUGUUGAAGAUUAUAACUCUCCCAGUGAGCUAGCAAAGUAUCUGAAGGAAGUUGACAAAAACAAUAAGUUAUACCUUAGUUACUUUAACUGGAGGAAAGAUUUCACAGUAAAUCUUCCACGAUUUUGGGAAUCACAUGCAUGCUUGGCUUGUGAUCAUGUGAAAAGGCAUCAAGAAUAUAAAUCCGUUGGUAAUUUAGAGAAAUGGUUUUGGAAUUAGAGUUUACCAUCAUUUGCACACUUGGCAAAUUAUUUUGAUGAGAUAUCAUCCAAAAUUUAAGGAUGAGAAGAGAGACAACAUUCUGCUUUUGUGUUACAAUUUUUAUCACACUCUCGGGUAACGUACAUAAUUUGAUGGAGAUUUUUAAGAGUUCAGCAUUAGUGAUCACUCCAUUUGGUUUUGAAUUAUUCUGAAUAUACCUAAUAUGUGCACUGAAAAAUAAUUUAUUCUUCACUAUCAUUUGUAAACCUUGUUUUUUCACAUUUUUGAAGUUGUCUGUAAUGUAAGUUUGUGAUACGAUUGUUGUUUCUACAUUGAUCAUCUGUUUAAUCUAUUUGGGAAAUAAAGAUGCACAUCUAAAAAUAAGAAAUAUUUUCACUAAAUAUAAUCUCUAGUUCCCAGUUUGCAUAAUGUAACAACUGGAAAGCAUUUGUAAUUGAAUUCUAACCUCUUUGACUUCGAAGUUGAAAACAGUAUGUAACUUUCUAUUUGAUCUGUUUUUUUACCUUUUUACCACAUUUGUGAAGGCAGAAUUAUUCAUGUAGUGAAUAAGAGAGAUAGUGAAGCAGAACUGUUCUAUUCGGGAAGCUGUUAGACUUCUCGUUUAUUUUCAUUAAGCUGACUUGCAAAUGCGACCACUUGUUCUCAUGAUCUUAAGUUAAAAUUUUUAAGUAUUUUUAAAUAUCCAGUUUGUUGGGUUUUUCAGUACCUAGGAAAUAAUCUUAAUAACACUUAAGAAAAUCUAAGACUGUUACCUUUUUGAUCUGAUAACACUUAUUAUUAUAAUAAAACAUAAUUUUCUCAUAUAACAAAGGAAAGGACAUGUAUAGAUAUAAAUCAUAUUUAUAAAUGGCACACUGAUGUGCAGUUUUUAAUAACAUCAAUUUAAAAUAUGUUUUUCUCUAGCCCCAAUAGUUAAAAGUUUCAUUUUACCAUAUGGUCGAAUAAAUAGACAUGAUAUUUGAAAAGGUUUGUCCUAUCAUUUAAAAGAACCUAACUAAAAUUAUCAUCAAGGUGUUAAAUAUAAGAUAUGAAGCAUAAUAGUGAGAAUUUAUAAGAUUUCAACACAUAUUUGUUGAAUGAAUAAAUGAAUGACAUUUAACAUCAUGGGAAAGAUUUUGUUUGUUUCAAUGAAGUGACAGUUCUAGCCUAGCAAUACUCACUGGAAGUGAUGUUUUAGGUUCCGCUUUAGUAAUUAUUUAUAUCAUAGCACAUAUGAUCAUGGCCCUCAGGGCUUUACAGAACAAAAAUAUGCUUGUCAUUACAUUCAGUUUUUGGAUAAUUCAUCCCUGAACUUGUAGUUGCUAUACAGCAUUUCUCCUCCAUAAGGUUAAGGGCUGGAUAUAAGCAGAGAACAGUAGGCAAGAAAAGACGGGAUGCUAAGGACUCUUCAAGGAAAGCAUGCCCACAGAACUACCUGUAAUGUGUGUAUUCCAUCCAGGCCAAAAACCCAUUAAAAGAAUUGGGAUGCUCUGAUGAGAUCGGUUUAGGUCUACUUGUGACUUAUGCUAAUAGCUCUAUUAUUACAUGUUAACGUCAGCAAAACUUAACUUACAAUCAUCUACAUCAAAUAAGAGAGAGAGAGGCAAAUUUCAAUUCAGUGAGAAAGUGAUAUGUCCAACAAUCCAGACUGCCCUGUGAGGGAAUGAACUCUCUCAAGCACUAGGAUUUGAAGACAGGAAGAUUUGUGCAUUGGAUGGAGGAUCAUUUCUUUACCGGGGAUUGAACAGCUGUGCUGUGUAGGACAGUGGCUUAGCCCGAGAUACAGAUGAACAAGCUACUCUCACUGCUUUGAAGAAGCAUGCAAUUAAGUGGAGAGAAACAGAAAAACUUCCUUUGAGUCCAUGUUUAUGCACAUACUACUGUCAGUGGAGUUGACGUGAAUCACAGCUGAUGCGAUGAGAAUAAGAUAGCAAAUUUCUCCAAACAUUUCUGAACUGCCACCUUUGUGUAUUCAUUUGAUCGAGUGCAGAUUCCCUCUAUAUCAUCUUCUAACCACAUAGACUCAAGAAAGAGUAUGUCUGUGUGGAUGCCUUCCUAAACAAGGAAAGGUCUCUACCCACAUUUAUUUUGUCAUGUUAAAAUAGUCAUAUUCAUAUAUUUAUAUUUACUUUGUUAUCUUUUUGGCCUAUCAGAGGUUGCAUUGCUAACAAGUUUAGAAAGUACCUCUUCUCUUCAAAAGCAGAAAAGCACUCCAUGUCAUGACAACCUGCUUUUGCUAUAGUGGGUUCAGAGAACUGAGAGGCCGAGGGCAUUGCCGCCAUUGUCUACUAUGAAUCUGGGUUCUUUCUUUGCCUGUGACUGUAAUCACGUGCUGAUAAAAUGAUCCAAGCCAAGGCAAUUAUACUGAGAGACUAACUGGCACAUCUGUACAUUGAAAACCCAUUACCAAGUCCCAGAAUACGUUUUCUGAAUUUGAGGUGCCAGAAUAAAUGAGUCAACUGAACUUUCAUUCUGGAUCCAUUGGUCUGUGACUUUUUGGGCUGAAAGGAAUUAUAACAAUGUUUACACAACAAUCCUUCAUUCUACUUAUGAGUUAACUAGAUCCGGAGAUAAUAUUUAUUCAAGAAAUAUGUUCACUCUCACACACACACACACACACAGCUAGUGACAUAGCCAAGGUUAGAAGUUAAGGGCCUAUAUCUCUUAAUCUUCUGCUCUUUUUCAUAAUAUUUUCACUUAUCAUAAAAGUAUGCCACAAUUCCUACAAAUGUGAAUGCCUUAUUGCUAUUAUUAGGACCUAUAGAAUGAUGCACUCUAUGGGGAAGCACUUUGCCUUUUGAUAUACAGUCAAAACAGAAACUUAUUAGCAUUCUUUCUGGUUUAAAUAUCGUUGGAGUUGAACUUUAGUGGAAGGAAAUGGGAUUUCACAACAUUUUAAUUGAAAUGCAACCCUCAAAAUGGUGUAUGGUUCUCAGCCACUCUUCUAAUAAAUUCUGUGAUUGCAAUUCUUUUUAAGGAUAUCUCACAGUGAAUGAUAUUGAUUUGACAAAAUUAACUUGCUGGUUAUAAAAACAAGUAUGCCAAGAGAUAAAUUAUAGACAUAAAAAGAGAAUGGACCACUUAAAAAGUUUUAUUUUCAAAAUAUCAAAAAUCAAUUACCGUCAGUGUUCUGAUGAUUUAAAUGUUAAUUAUUGUGGGCCUGACUAGCAAGAAUAUAUAAAUAUUACUUAUUAUAGGCCUUAUUAGUAAGAAUAUAUACUGAAUUUUCCAUACCCAGCAGUAUUACACCAUGAAAAAAAAAGACAUGACAGUCAUAUUUUAUGACAACCAUAAAUUUUACAAUAUGAAGUAGAAACUAAAAAAUUAUCUUAGUGGGAAACGAAUAUCAGCUUAAAACGUUUAUAUUUACUACGUAAGUCCUGGUAAUCCUAGAAUGUGCAAAACUGUUUUCUGUUGUGAAAGCUUAGAAAGCUCAGAGCAUUUGAGGUAUAAAGUGGUAGAAUAUUUAGGAAUUAUUUGCUGAGCCUUUAAAUUCUUGCCUCCAAUUGAAGGUUAAAUAUGGAAAGAAUAGAAAAUUAUUGAAAUCAUUUUGCUUGCCUAUUUUCAAACUAGAUUCCAUGAGUUUUAAGGUAUUAACCUAGAAAAUGUCCUUGCACGAAUUAAUAUUACCAAAGCAAGAUUUACUGUGUUUCCCCGAAAAUAAGAC